AUGAUAUCUCCUGAUUUCAGCCAAACUGCUGAAGAUCAUGCUAGUCUGUUAGUUUUAGUACAGCAACUAGGCAAUGAUAUCAAGCCUAAAUUAUUCCAAAAAAUAUUUGAUCGCUUGGCAUUGCUUGACACAUUUAGCAUUGCAAAACCAGCUCGUAAAAUUUCUUUCAAGUACAGAAAAAGUUACAGCAGGAUUGAAAAUUCAUGGGGUUCUUUUCAAGCUCACAGGAAAGUUUUAGGGUUAAUUACAAUAGGUCAGUGUGGUAACAAAGUUGCAACAGAAAGUGAAUCAAAAGAAAAUUAUGAUUUUGAAAAAUUCCUAAUUAAAGAGCACCAGUCAGUAAAAGAUCAUUAUGAAGAUACUUUGUUAGAUUCAAUACUUAUUUUAUUCAAAAGCGAACAAAGUUCUGAUAACAGUCCAAACAGUGAAGCAGAAAUGAUGUACAAAAAUAUUAUGGCAUGCACUGAUCUAGAAGUUAAAAUGCAGGACUUUUUUAAUUCUUUGUUUUGGGUCCUUGAGAGCAAAAGACUUGAUCGAUCGCACGAAAGGUUGGACCAUCUGGUACUUUACAUGGCACCUUUUGAGAAAAAAGAUUCAGGAAUAUUUCUUGAUAUUGAGAGCAGAUCAUACAAGAAGAAAUGCAUAGGGCGCUAUAGAAAACAUCUCGGUGAUCUGUGCCUGUUGGCAGGUCUACCCGGGGAGGCAACACUCCACUAUCAGACGAGUCUCGAGCUCCUCAAGGCAUCCAAUGAUUGGAUGUGGAUUGCUGACACACGAGGACAAACAUGCACACCCACACACACACACACACACACACACACACACACACACACACACACACACGGAUACACAACACAUACGGAGACACACGAGGACAAACAUGCACACAUUCCAGUGUCAUCACUUCAAAGUGGGUUGGACCUGGCAAACGCCAGAAGCAAGUUGGCCCAACAUCCGCUGGAGAACAUGCACGAAGAUAUUCUUAUCAAUUAUAAAGACGCUGUCAUCAAUUACUGCAAAAUAAAAGAAGCUGGCUUGAUAGAGCUAGAAGCCAGUUUGAAGGCCUGUAGAAUAUUAUCCAUGUACAAGAGGGUCAUCGAGGCAGCUGACUUUCUUCAAAAUGUCAUCAGGAUUAAUAUUACAAUUGCUGAGCAGGACAAGAUUGAGCAGUUUAGCACUCUGUCAUCAUUAUACGACGGCCUUGGCCUCAAGAGAAAAUCCUCAUUUUAUAGUCGCAUAGCCGCGAUGCUAUGUGUGGUUCCAGUCAAUCCGCAACCAUCUUGGCAACUUUGCUAUCGAUUGUUGCUGCAGUCAUUUCCUGGUUUCAAGUUGUCACUGGAUCCACGUGACAUGAGUUCCGAUCUUCCAGACGGUUGGCCUUCUUUGAAACUUCGAGUCUUCCACGAAUUAAUAUACGCCGCCAGGAAACUCGGGGACCCUGCCGUACCUGUCAGACACCUCUGCCUCCUCCUACACACGAUGUUCCAGCACCUAUCCAUGCAGGAGCGUGUCGAGUUGUGUCACGCCCUCAAGUCAUACACGGACAGCUAUCGACCUUCACCUUACUCUAUGGCCCUUCAAAAUGGCACCAUUCUCCCGCCAGUUGCCAUGACUUUGAUUCCUGUUUUGAGGAAUGUCGAAAUUCUCGACCUUGUGCCUCUCUACCGACCAUCAAAGUUUAAAAGGUCAAAGUUGAAUAGUUCAGGAGUCAUGGUGAGAGACGAUGCUGAUUCAAAACCUGCUCACCCAUUCAUCUACAGCCCCUUCAUGGAUGCCAGCAAUCAGAAUUGGAAGAACCACAAUUCUAACUUGAAACAAAUUUUGAAUUUUACAGACGUCACGUGGGUGAACGGCAACUCUUGCGAGAUCGAAUUAUAUUUCAGCAAUUUAUUACCUAUCGAUCUUCUCGUCGAACACGUUGACAUCCUCUUUGAGGGGGCAGAGGUCAAAGUUCAUCCCGUGACCUUCACCCUACCUCCAUUUGCUGACCUUGUGAAAAUCAGGAUCCUAGUGGAUCCCGUGUCUGCUGGCCAGGCCGCCGUUAUUGGUCAGUUGUUUAUUCGUUUUUCUAUUGGUCAGUCAUUUAUUCGAUUUUCUAUUGGUCAGUUGUUUAUUUUCUAUUAA